AUGUGCAAAACUACAGACGAAGCCGCAAAAUUCAAGGAAGAGGGUAACGAGGCGUUUAAAAAGUGCAACUACGAUGAAGCCAUUAAAUUAUACAGCAAGUCCAUCAAUUUAACAACCACAGAAUGCAAAGAAUUGGCAAUUUAUUACAAGAAUCGUGCUGCAGCUUACAUCAAGAUUGGAAACUAUGAAAAAGCUUUACAGGACUGUGAAGAUAGUUUGAAAAUAACCCCCAGGGAUCCCAAAGCGUUAUUCCGACGUUGCCAAGCAUUUGAAAAUCUCAAACGAUAUGAAGAGGCUUAUAGAGAUGCUACACAAAUUUUUAAAGAUGAUCCAACAAAUAAGGUAAUACAGCCGGUCUUGGAGAGAUUACACAAAAUAGUGCAGGAGAGAAUGCAAGAACAAGCUAAAAUCGGAAACAAAAUUGAUUCCAUGACAAAAUUAUGCUUUGACUUAACAGCUGAUCGAGAAAAACGUGAGAUGGCAUUUAAUAAUUUAUUGGUACUGUCUAGGGAGAGAGCUGGGAGUGAACUGAUGAUUAAAUUACCCAUAGUGCAAGAAAUAAAGCGAUUAUUAAAGGUAGAGAAGAAUAGAGAGAUUUUUAUCACUGGUAUAAGAAUUAUUGGGGAACUUUGUAAACAUGAUGAACAUAAGGCAAAGACAGUUCUUCAAACCGCUGGUAUACCAUGGUUUUUGGAAAUUUUGGACUCCAAAUGUGAGAAACAAGUCAACACUGCUCAAUGGUGCAUGCAAGUAAUAUUAAACACCUUGUCGGGGAUGGAUAAUAAGCCUGAUACUAGACCCAAAAAAGACCUAAUUGAAAAAAAUAAGGACACUAUAGAUACCUUACUGAAAUGCUUAGUAUUCUCUAUAAACAACCCUGCUAUAUCGGGUCUAGCCAGAGAUGCCAUUAUAGAGCUAAUAAUGAAGAAUGUUCACUAUACUGCACUAAGCUGGGCUGAAAAUUUGGUAGAAAUCGGCGGUGUAAAAAAACUUAUGGAUUGUGCUUCAGAAUUGGAAGAAUAUCAGUAUGAAUCAUCAAUGUUUAUAACACCUUCAACAAAAACCAUAGCCGCGGUUUGUCUAGCUAGGAUCUAUGAUAAUAUGUACUAUGACCAGGCUAAAGAAAAAUUCAUGCAAAAAAUCGAAGAUUUUAUCAAGGAAAAAUUGUUAACACCCGACAUUGAGUCCAAAGUUAGGGUAUGUGUGGCUAUAACCUCUCUACUACGCGGGCCCCUGGACGUAGGCAACUCCAUCAUCGCCAAGGACGGCAUAAUGGAAAUGAUUUUGGUAAUGGCAAACACUGAAGACGAACUCCAGCAGAAAGUAGCUUCAGAAUGUAUUAUCGCAGCUGCCAGCAAGGCCGACAAGGCCAAGGCUAUAAUAGCGCAGGGUAUCAACAUACUAAAAAAAUUGUACAAAAGUUCGAAUGAUGGUAUAAGAGUGAGAGCUCUUGUUGGGUUGUGUAAAUUGGGGUCAUCCGGAGGCAACGAUGCGUCGGUAAAGCCGUUUGCAGAGGGCAGCACCGUAAAGUUGGCCGAAGCUUGCCGCAGAUUUUUGCUACAUCCAGGCAAAGACACUGAUAUUAGAAAAUGGGCCGCAGAAGGCCUUUCAUUUUUAACAUUGGACGCUGAAGUAAAGGAAAAAUUGAUUGAAGACAAACCGGCCUUGAGAUCCUUAAUAGAAUUGGCUAAAAGCGGCGACCAAUCAGCUUUGUACGGCGUCGUCACAACCCUAGUGAAUCUGUGCAACGCCUACGAAAAACAAGAUGUUCUACCGGAAAUGCUUGAGUUAGCGAAAUUCGCCAAACAACACAUACCGGAAGAACACGAACUGGACGACCCGGACUUCGUGCAAAAACGUAUUAUCGCCCUGGGGAAAGAAAACGUCACCACGGCGCUGGUGGCCCUCAGCAAAACAGAGAGCGACAAUUCCAGGGAAUUAAUGUCCAGAGUUUUUAAUUCUUUGUGUGGAGAACGUGAAUUGAGAGGCCUUGUUGUUUCCCAGGGAGGUGUUAAAGUUUUGAUGAAUUUGGCUUUAAAAGGGACUGAUAAAGGAAAAAGACAUGCUUCCCAGGCAUUGGCCAGAAUUGGUAUCACCAUGAACCCAGAGAUAGCUUUCCCAGGUCAAAGGGCAUUAGAAGUGAUAAGACCUCUAUUAAACCUACUUUCACAAGAUUGCACUGCUCUUGAAAACUUUGAGUCCCUCAUGGCUCUAUGUAACAUAGCUCAAAUGAGCGAAUCGGCAAGACAAAAAAUAUUAAAAGAAGGCGGUUUUUCGAAGAUCGAAUUUUACAUGUUUGAGGAUCACGAGUAUCUUUGCAGAGCUGCCACACAAACAAUUUGCAACUUGUGUAUGUCUGAAGACGCCUUAAAGAUGUUCGAAGGCGAUAAUGAUAGGGUUAAAUUUGUCAUAUCAUUAUGUAUGGACGAGGAUAAAGAUACGGCUAUGGCAGCUUCGGGAAUGUGCGCUAUACUCACUGGGGCGAGUAAGAGGUGUUGCGAAAAAGUUUUCGACUCGAAAAAUUGGAUUGACUCACUGCAUGCUUUAUUAGCUAACCCAACAGCUAGCUUACAGUAUCGGGGAGUAUGUAUUGUAAAUAACAUCAUAACACAGUCAAAAGAGUGCACCGAAAAACUUAUGGAGACAGAUAUAAUGGAAAUAUUGAUGGCCCUCACAAAAUUACCCGAAGAAAAUAAAAAACAAGUCGUGGAAUUGGCUGAAGAUGCCCUCAAAACAGCUGAGACAUGGGGCGUCAUAAAAAAGCCCACUGAGGAUGAUAUUUAA